AAAAUUUUGAACGGCUGAGAUUGUUCUUGUAUAAGAUACUACUAUUCCAGUCCACACUCAAUUUUCAAGCUCGCUUCACUCCUUGCUUGGAGGGGAGUUGCAAACAUGGCAGCGACGGUUCCUUUCAAUUUUCUUAGGAGCUACUCGCCAUUGAUGUCACAAAGAGCUUUCGUUAUCAAAGCGAACAUUCUCGGUGUUUCAAAAUUUGUUCAAUGUCGCAGGUUUCCUUUUAGCACCAAUGCUGCAAACAAUGAAGAGGCUGCAGCUAAAACAGCUGCUGUCAAUGCUGAUAGUGGAGCUCCAACCAUAUUUGACAAGAUCAUAAAUAAGGAAAUCCCUUCAAGUGUUGUAUAUGAAGACGAAAAGGUCCUAGCAUUCCGGGACAUCAAUCCAGAGGCUCCGGUUCAUGUUCUGAUCAUUCCAAAAUUUAGAGAUGGAUUAACAGAACUUGCAAAGGCUGAAGCUAGACAUGGAGAGAUACUGGGUCAGCUCCUCUAUGCUGCCAAAAUAGUAGCCGAGAAAGAAGGUAUCCUCGAUGGAUUUCGUGUCGUCAUCAACAGUGGUCCUGCUGGCUGUCAAAGUGUGUAUCAUCUGCACCUGCAUGUUCUUGGUGGGAGACAAAUGAAAUGGCCACCUGGGUGAAGGUUGAAAGUUAAUCCUUGUUAGUUUCUGUGAGAGUUUAGAAAUAAUUGUAUUAGCAAACCUGAACUUAUUAUACUUUCAAAAUAAAUGAAGCAUUGUGGGUCUAUUUUAAUAAAAUAGAGCACCCUUUUCAUAA